AUGGCUGGCUCUGGUGAAGAAACUGAGCCAGAAUGGAUCAAAAGAGGGAAAUCAGAGGGAGCUGUUGCAUGUCUUGAGCCAGGCCAGUGGAGAAAUGGCUGGACAACGCCACCUCCAGAGACAUUCAUGGUUAGAGGACCACAGUAUCUCUUUGACAAGGUUAAAGUACCUGCUGCUGAUUUCCUUCUGAAGCCUCUAGGUUUUGAUUGGAUCAAAGGCCCUAAGAAGCUUUCUGAGAUUCUCAGUGACCCAAGCAACCGAAUCAGGAAAAUGAUUGACGAGGAGUUUCAAACAGAUGAGACUAAGCCUUUUGUCUGGGCCUUCAAUCUCCAGCUUCCUCACAAAGACAAUUACAGUGCUGUGGCUUACUUUGUUGCCACAGAGCCUAUCCUUGAAGGCUCCUUAAUGGACCGGUUUCUCAAAGGAGAUGAUGGUUUCAAGAAAUCGAGGCUAAAACUGAUUGCAAACAUUGUCAAGGGACCUUGGAUUGUGAGAAAAGCUGUUGGAGAGCAAGCCAUCUGUGUGAUUGGACGUGCACUGUCUUGCAAGUAUGUUUCAGGAUCAAACUUUGUGGAGGUUGAUGUUGAUAUCGGUUCUUCAAUGGUCGCUAGCACCAUUGUUCAUCUCGCGUUUGGCUACAUUACUACGUUGACUGUUGAUCUUGCGUUCCUCAUUGAAAGCCAGACCGAAGACGAGCUUCCAGAGAAGCUACUAGGAGCUGUGAGAUUCUCUGAGCUACAGAUUGAGGCAGCCGUGUCUGUUGCACUGUCCUCAGGCAAAUGUGAUAAUGACCUGACAGAUCAAACUACCUCAGAGCGGCCGAGCUGGUGGAAAUCGAUCGGGAAUGGAUUCUCUAAUUUGAUUCAUCAAGAAACAGCCAACGUGAACAAUACUUCUCAUGGGAAUAACCAGAAGGAUGAACAUGUACAGAAGCAGUAA